GGCUGAAUCUGUCCGUCCUGUCACCUGGCAUGGCACAUCCAUGGGUAUUAGUGACCCCUUGAUUAGGAGCCUCCAUUUCAGCAUCAUUGGAUGUGCAAGGCUCAGUGUUUUCCAGAGUGGUAGAAGGCUGGGUAAAGGAAAAACAGUUCAGCCUUGUAGCCACAGGUCAGGGGACUGACGGAGGGAGCUGGAGUGUAGAGAAGGACCCACAGCUCCUGCUUACCAAGAUAGUAUAGGCCUACUCUGACAAGGAAGGAAAGGGAUAUGCUCAGUGCAGAGUCUGGGCAUGGGGAAUAGGAGCUGCCUCGCUCUUUGUAGAACCUUUUGUCCAGAUGUUCUCUGAGUGGAAAGGACUUGAAGGAGACUAUCUGUCCUGCCCUCAACUCAGCAGGCAAAGAAGUAUGCGAUGGAGCAGAGUAUCAAGAGUGUGCUGGUGAAGCAAACCAUCGCCCACCAGCAACAGCAACUGACUAACCUGCAGAUGGCAGCAGUGACAAUGGGCUUUGGAGAUCCUCUCUCACCUUUACAAUCGAUGGCAGCUCAGAGGCAGCGGGCACUGGCCAUCAUGUGUCGUGUGUACGUGGGCUCCAUAUACUAUGAACUGGGAGAGGACACCAUCCGCCAGGCCUUUGCCCCAUUUGGACCUAUCAAAAGCAUUGACAUGUCCUGGGACUCUGUUACAAUGAAACACAAGGGCUUUGCUUUUGUGGAAUAUGAGGUGCCUGAAGCUGCUCAGUUGGCCUUGGAGCAGAUGAACUCAGUCAUGCUGGGUGGGAGAAACAUAAAGGUCGGCAGGCCUAGUAAUAUUGGACAGGCACAACCAAUCAUAGACCAGCUCGCAGAGGAGGCCCGGGCUUUCAACCGCAUCUACGUGGCGUCUGUUCAUCAGGACCUUUCCGAUGAUGACAUUAAGAGUGUGUUUGAGGCCUUUGGGAAGAUUAAGUCCUGCACGCUAGCCAGGGAUCCCACAACAGGGAAACACAAAGGCUAUGGCUUCAUUGAGUAUGAGAAGGCACAGUCAUCACAAGAUGCUGUCUCAUCUAUGAACCUCUUUGACCUGGGUGGCCAAUAUCUCCGGGUUGGCAAAGCUGUCACUCCCCCAAUGCCUCUCCUAACACCUGCAACGCCUGGAGGAUUACCCCCUGCAGCAGCUGUAGCUGCAGCAGCUGCCACAGCAAAGAUAACAGCUCAGGAAGCAGUGGCAGGAGCUGCAGUCCUUGGCACUUUAGCAACACCUGGGCUGGUGUCUCCAGCGCUGACACUGGCUCAGCCGCUAGGGGCGUUGCCGCAGGCCGUAAUGGCAGCACAGGCACCAGGAGUCAUUACGGGUGUGACCCCCGCUCGACCGCCCAUUCCCGUCACUAUUCCACAGGUGGGAGUAGUGAAUCCUAUCCUAGCAAGUCCCCCAACAUUGGCUCUGUUGGAGGUUAAGAAGGAGAAGGAGGAGGAGGAAAUCUUCCAGGAGUCAGAGAGGCCUGAAAUGCUGAGUGAACAGGAGCAUAUGAGCAUAUCCGGCAGCAGUGCCCGUCACAUGGUGAUGCAGAAACUGCUUCGCAAACAGGAGUCAACUGUGAUGGUGCUGCGCAACAUGGUGGAUCCAAAGGACAUUGAUGACGAUCUGGAGGGAGAAGUGACUGAAGAGUGCGGCAAGUUUGGGGCAGUGAACAGGGUCAUCAUCUACCAAGAGAAGCAGGGCGAGGAGGAGGACGCUGAGAUCAUUGUCAAGAUCUUUGUAGAGUUCUCUAUGGCCUCGGAGACUCACAAAGCCAUUCAGGCCCUGAACGGGCGCUGGUUUGCUGGCAGGAAGGUGGUGGCAGAGGUGUAUGAUCAGGAGAGAUUUGAUAACAGUGACCUGUCAGCAUAAACUCUACCUGAGAGAGACUUCUCCCCUGCCCCCUGUGUCCCUUCUGUUUUUUUAGCCAUGUGUAAGGAAUGCUGCUGGGUGAGCGCAGCUCUCUACUGUGAUGUACAUGUAGUUUGGAUAAAAGUGCGAAGAAAAGCCA